AUGGACAACAUCAAGCGGCUCCUCCAGUACGUUACACGAGGCUUUUACGACACAAAGUCCAUCCUGGUGAUGGACGCGCUGCUCAAGCAUGUGGUGCUUUCAGACGAGGAACUGCACCAGCUGCUGAGCAUUCCGGCCAAGGAGAUUCGACAGAUUUGCGCAAAGCUCAAGGACGACAAGCUGCUCAAGGAUCACACCCAGCGCGAGCAGCAGGAAAACACAUACGGCUACAACAAAAAUUACCAAAAGACGUACUACUACAUCCACUACACUGUGACUAUCGAUGCCAUCAAGUGGAAGGUGCACUCCAUGAACAAGCAGGCAGAGGAGGCGCUUGGAAAGAAAUCCCAGCCACAGGGAUACGUGUGUCCGCUGUGUACCAAAAAGUUCACUACCCUCGAGGCCGUCACCAACGUGCAAAUGGACGGCACUUUCACCUGUGAUGUCUGUUCUACCGUGAUUGUCGAAGAUACCACCAGUGACGAAUCCAGAGUGCACCAGGACCGACUGGAAAAGCUCAUGCAGCAAAUCAAGCCCAUUAUAGACGAGCUACGAAAGAUAGACGACAUCCAGGUGGCCGAAAACACCUUUGAGACGUCGCUUGCCAAGGCGGUUCCCGCACAGCUGGAGGUCACUGCAGGAAGCACCUCUUCUAUCAAGACUGCUGGCAGAGGCACUACUUCGUCCCAGACGGGCUCCAACAAAAGCUCCACUCUCACCGUCAACCUUUCCACGGGUGCAGAGGACGAGGCUGCCCAGCGAGAUGAGAAGGCUAAGCUGGCCGAACAGAACGCCCUUCCCGCAUGGUACAUGGAGUCUACUGUUGGUCGACAGAUGGUAAUGGGGGAUACCGACCAGGAGCAACAUGGAUUCACAGAGAUUGGUAACGACGAUGACUAUCCCCAGAAGAAGGAUACAAAGGAGGGUGUUAAAAAGGAGGAAGUGGCUCCCAAGGUCAAGGCCGAGGAUAUGGAGCCCAAGCUCGAGGAGGAGGAAGAGGACGCUCUGGCCGCAUACUACAAGCAAUACGAAGCCAAGCAGCGUGCCGAGGAUGAGGAGGAGGAAGAUGAGGAAGAUGACGACGAUGAUGAGGGUGAUUUUGAUGAUGUUGAGCUGGCUGUUGAGGAGGCUGACUUUGACGAGGAGUAG